UUCAGAUCUUUUAUAAAAUACCUUUAGUGCGUUAGUGAACUCCGACUGGAGUGAACAUAAUUGGACUUAAACAGUACACAAUGUGGUUAACGCGAGUUGUAUUUUUCGUAUCCGUUUUAUAUUGGUGCAAUGCUUAUAUGAAACAAUGCAGCGACUGCAAAUUCUAUCGUGCGUGUCCUGAAGCUAUACAUUUCGCAGCAAUUACUAAAAAUGAUCAAAUAAAAUCUACGAAAUUAAUGUCGUCGAUUUGCGGUGUCGAAAUUGUAAAUGGAAGCAGGAUACCCAAAAUUUGCUGCUCUGAUUAUACUUUGACCGAUGAGCGAUCUGGUGUUCCCGAAUCUACGGAUCCAAAAGACUCAAUAGAAAAGAACACGAAUGUUGCACUUCUACCAGAGGAUUGUGGUCAUAUUGACGGGGGACGUAUUUUAGGAGGAACCCUUGCAAACCUAUACGAAUUCCCGUGGAUGGCUCUCAUUUCGCACAAGUCACGCUUAAGAUCAGCUAAUAAUGACAUGUAUUUUAAAUGCGGAGGAACUAUUAUUAACUCCCGAUACAUUCUGACGGCUGCUCACUGUGUUGUAAAGAAAAAGCUUUAUAAAGUUCGAGUCGGCGAAUUGGAUCUCAGUUCGAAAGAAGAUUGUCAAGGAGAAUAUCCGAAUUACUUCUGCGAGGCUCACAUUCAGGAUAUAGAAAUCGAAGAAAGUAUUCCCCAUAAGGAAUAUCAACGUACGCCGUCAAAGAACGAUAUUGCAUUACUUCGUCUUAAGCAACCAAUUGAAUUUGGACACAAGAAUGUCGCACCCAUUUGUCUGCCAGUAUUGAGCGAGCUCCGUAACAUAACUCUUGUUGGUAAAAUAGGUACCAUAGCAGGCUGGGGUAAAACCGAAGAAGGCAUUAAAUCCGCCCCGCUUCGAAAAGUCGACAUUCCAAUACUUUCAACCUCUGCUUGCCGUGAACAAAAUCCAGAAACGACGCCUAGCCAGUUCUGCGCCGGUGAGUUAGGGAAAGAUUCUUGUAAUGGAGACUCCGGUGGCCCUCUCAUGAUGGAAAAUAAAGUCAAUGGCAAAUACAAAAUGAUCCAGUACGGCAUCGUAUCGUAUGGCCCAAAGAUAUGUGGAACGGACACUCCUGGGGUAUAUACUAAUGUCGUCAGCUAUAUGGACUGGAUAUUAAGUAAUAUUAAGCCUUAAACAAGAAGAAUAUUAACAGUAUUAUAGUUCUAAAUGACAAUAAUAACAUUUAACCUUAAAAUAUCUCUAAAUAUUAGUUUUAUGUAAAGAAACAGUUAUGUUUUUAAUUUACAACUACUUAUGAAAAACCUUUAAAGUAAAAUUGCAUUUAACUAACAUAAAGACUUCCAAUUCUAAUGUAACAUGUAACUUUAUUACAUAUAACAUGUAAUUUUAUCGCAAUCGAAUCGAAAUGCAAUAAUAAUCGUUGAACCAUUUUCGUACUCUACUAACACAACGGUCCAGUAGACGAAAUGUAAUCGAAAUAUAAUUAGGAACGUAUCUUAUAAACUCGUGGAAUUGGUGCGUAGUUACAAUUCAAACUGAGAAUUAUUUUCGUAUAAUCGAACUUUGAUCAUAAUAGAACCGUGAACGAAUCGUAAUCGUUAUAACUUAGUAGAAUAAGCCCCUGAUUUCAUCCCAAGGGUUUUUGUACGUCGACUUGUAAAAAAUAACAUUUAGUAAAAUUUACAUCCUAGUACUUUAAAUAGCGGAAUCAAACUUGUUUACUUAUUCCUAUCUCAAUUACAAAAGGUUAACCGAUAAGCUCUAUACAAUAAUUACUUAUAAAAUAAAAGUGAUAAACACACAGUUAUUAAGAUAAAUACCUCCUUCAACAUAAUUACUCUUUAUAAGACCGUAUGCGCUUAACAAUAAUUUACGACUGUAUAUUAAAUAAACAAUAUACGCA